AUGUCGCACUUCCAAUCUCUCGCGGCCCCAUGGUCGCGAAGCGCACGUCGCGAGGACCUCCCUAAGACACCUGAGCCUACUAUAGAUGGCGAAACUCAACCUCCAUCGCCACCAAGGCCCCGUUUCCGAGUCAAAAGGAGAAAUGCAUCUCAUCUCAAUGCGCCCACUGAACACUUUCUUGCGUCAGUUGCAGCCGCAGAUAUUCCUAUUCCUAGCAUAGAGGAGCCUCGCGUGAUGGAUGAGGAAAUGGCCGACCCAUUGUACCCUAUUUCGCAUUUUAGGGAUAUGGAUGAUAUGCCGUUUAUUCCCCACGUUGGCUCAGAGCGCAUGUUCUCGCCUCCCAAGACCCCUGCCCCUGGUGCGUUGCCAGCUUUGGCCCCAAAACAAUAUCCGAACUGGUCGAUCGACUCUACUCUUAGUAGUCUCGAGUCCAGUCCCGAUUAUGAGUCCAGUCGACCCUCAACUGCACAUUCGACCCACACAAGUACUUCGCUGUUCAGUUACUUUUCUAUCAGUACGGAAGAUUUGAACCAAUGCAUUAGCCCAGAUGACGAACACGACAAUCUCAUCAAAGAGCUGCCGGCUGUGGACGACAACAGCAAAACUUUAAAACCAUCCAGAAAGGAGGCUGCCAGAGAAACGAUACGAAGAGCGCCCUGGACAAAGCCUAUGAACCAACACUUGUGGUCGACAUAUAUGAUGUAUCUGCAAGACCCGAAGGUCACACCUUUCCGUAUCGGUAAGAGCGGUAUCCCUCCUCAUGGAGUCUGCUUGCGCGUUGCUCGAGAGGCCAAGAGGAGUUGGAAAGGGUCCAAGGCUCAGGGUAACAUGAAGCCCAGCAGCGGUAGUAUUACCCCCACUCAGGGAACUGCUGGUCCCUACGUCCAGUGGCCUCAUACAUGCGGUGUCACUCGGGCCCAGCUUCGGGAACUUUGCAAGAUGAACACCAGGUCUAAGGCGCGGGGUUCAGAGUAUUUAGCUCCCAGCCCUGCUCCAUUUGGCAAAUCCGCGGCCCGCUAUCGGAACCGUCGCACGGUACCCGCUCGUUCUCCUUCGGUAUUCUCAGGCCAAGAUAUGGCCAUGUCGUUGGCGGUUAGCACAUCGGAGUCUAUGCAGCCGCAAGGCCCUCUGGCUCAACUAACAAGCUCAAAAUCCGAGCUUCAAAUUAAUGAACUGUCUCUCCCUCCACCAAACCAUGAGAACUUAGAGCCACCCGAGUUCCCGCGUACACAACUUGCAUCUCCCUUUGGUGCGCGAAGCUAUGGGCCCAGCUCGUCAAGCUCGCUACCUUCAAGCUUUGUUGUGGAUUCGAAGCUGCAGAGGCAAACUCACACCGGCGGCCCGCGCCGCGCUCUUAUGUCUCCGGUCCGACUGACACGCAGCCGAUCAACGCACAAGCGCCGAUCCAACCACAUGGAGGCCCGCAAGAUUAAGCGACCCAGUCUCGGGUCAGACCUCUGGGUUGAUCCAGCCUCACUUGUCGACUUAUCAGCCACCAAUGACCAAUUCGCAACGCCUCAGACUGAGCCUGAGAUGACACCACCCGACGUUGUUGUCCCUCGCAAGAACCUCCAAAAACUAUUCGAGGCUUCACAGUCAGCGCCUGUCCAGCAGCCAACGCUGGCUCCUCCCUUUGGGGAGAUGCCCCCUCGACUAGGCUCCCCUUUCGUCAUUGGAGGAUCUAGCUAUUCCUUCCCGAACCGACUUUCGCAUGGAAUUGCUCCUGAUACCGAAGCUUCUCGCCGACCCUUUGCUACGGUUCAGCAAUCCAGCGAAAGUAGCCAUGGAGUCACUCGAUCAUCUUUAGCAAGCCGACUGGCUUACAUCGAUGAAAGACUUAAGGAUUUCCGCCGUCGAGAUCAGCCACGCCGACGAUCCGAGUCACCGCUCUAA